GUGCACAGAGGUGGGCUAGGGUUGGUUAUUCGCCUUCUCGCCCUCCGCUUCUCCUCACCGCACUCUCGUCCGACCUUCCGGCUCUCCCCCUGCAGAUCUCGCCCCUCGACGCCGCCCACACCGCCGCCGGCGCCGGCGCCCGAAUUCCCGGCGGGCCUCGCCGCCCGUGGAGUAGGUGAAUAUAUUAAAUGACUGAAAUGGCUGAAAAUUGGAUAGAAGGCUCGAAGCAUACUUCUGCUCCGGCGUCAUUUUCUGGGUCAGUUCCUAGAUAUCAAACCUCUUCACCAAGAAAAUCAAGGCAAAGAAACAUCUUUCAUCUGUUAAGUCAUCGAGAGGUCUCCCCUCGAACCAAACACCAAGCUAAAAGACAUUGGAGUAAACCUCCUACUGGCGACACUGGUUUCACUGAGUUGAGAUAUUCAGCUUCAGAUGCUAAGCAUGAUUUAUUUUCAUGGGCAGAAUCACAGUCCCUUCAUCGUUGGUCUGCGAAGUAUUGCCCUCUUCAGCCACCCCCUAGGUCAACUAUUGCAGCUGCAUUCAGUUCGGAUGGGAAAACACUUGCAUCUACACAUGGGGACCACACUGUUAAAAUAAUUGACUGCCAAACAGGGAAAUGUUUGAAAGUGUUGGGUGGACAUCGACGCACACCCUGGGUGGUCAGAUACCAUCCAUUACAUUCUGAUAUACUUGCCAGUGGGAGUUUGGAUUAUGAAGUCCGUCUCUGGGAUGCUAAUACGUCAGAUUGUAUUGUAUCUCACGACUUCCACAGGCCAAUUGCAUCCAUUGCAUUUCAUGCACUGGGGGAUAUCCUGGCAGUUGCAUCAGGUCACAAAUUGUUCAUAUGGAAGUACAAUAAUCGAGAGGAGGUUUCUGCCCCGUCCAUUAUAUUAAGAACCCGCCGUUCAUUGAGAGCUGUGCAUUUUCACCCUCAUGGUGCUCCAUAUCUUCUAACAGCGGAGGUUAAUAAUCUUGAUGCUGCAGACUCACAGCUGACCCGUGCAACAUCUACUGGCUAUGCAAACUAUCCCCCGGCGUUGUUUUUUGCAAAUGUUAACUCCAGAGGCUAUCCACAUCUUGAGUCUAGCAUGUCAUCACCAUGCCUAAUUUGGCCUGCAUUCCUCAGGGAUGAUGGAAGUCUAUAUAUUCCUCGCGGUGAUUUGGCUAGUAGUUCAACCAAUGUGCAGCAGAGUUCACCAUCUUUAGCUCAAAAUUUGUUGGCAUCAGAUGCUGAAAAUCAGCAGUCUGACCAGUUUGUGACCCCUAUGGACAUAUGCCCAGGGGAACCUUCUGCAUCUAAUGAUAUAGUUGAUAAUUCUUCUGCAGCUGGAUUAAGUGCAAUUCAAAUGCAUGCUGAUAGGGGUCAAACGGACUCAAGAUUGCAGGGCAGUAGCUCUUCUAGUAGUCUUGAGAGGUCUAGUGCUAGAGAUGAUGUUCCAAUGGCUUCAACCAGCACCAGCGUGCCAAUUCCAGCAAUAGCCAGACCUUCAGGACCUGCUGUUAACCGUCUUCCAACGAACUCAUUCACCACUUCUAGUGGGUUAGAUGUUCAGAUGUUCCUAAGAAAUUCAGAGGGUGGAAAUCACCAUCACGAUCUGUUCAGUGACUCGCGUAGCUGGGAGCUGCCUUUUUUGCAUGGUUGGUUGAUGGCCCAAAACCACACAGGUGUUCCAUCAUCGCUUCCUAUAGCCACUGGAAGUACCAGAGGAUCAAAUCGACGUUAUGAUUCACGCCCUCAUGCUUUUUCUUCUGUACCUGGGGUUGGGAGUUCACUUCUGGGUCCACAAAUCGAUGAGGCUGAGGCUCAUGUUGCCUCCUUAGGUGUUGGAUCAGAACUUACUACCUCACUGUUUGCUGCCGGUGCUGCUGAAUUACCUUGCACAGUGAAGCUUAGAGUGUGGCGGCAUGAUAUCAAGAAUCCAUGUAGUGCAUUAGAAACCGCGGCAUGCUGCUUGACAAUCUCUCACGCCGUUCUUUGCAGUGAAAUGGGUGCCCAUUUCUCCCCUUGUGGACGGUUUCUGGUAGCUUGUGUUGCAUGCAUGUUGCCUCAAACAGAAGGUGACCAGGGUAGCCAGUUACCUGUUCAGUACGAUUCUACAGGGCCUGGAACAUCACCAACUCGUCACCCACUUCCCUCUCACGGAGUUAUUUAUGAGCUUCGGGUUUAUUCUCUUGAAGAGGCAACGUUUGGAGAAAUUCUCACGUCAAGAGCAAUAAGGGCGGCUCAUUGUUUAACUUCCAUUCAGUUUUCGCCUACUUCAGAACACAUACUAUUAGCAUAUGGUCGUCGUCAUAGCUCGCUGCUUAGGAGCAUUAUCAUGGACGGAGAGACGACUGGAAUUCCUGUAUAUACUAUCUUGGAGGUUUAUAGAGUUUCGGAUAUGGAGCUGAUAAGAGUUCUUCCGAGUGCUGAAGAUGAAGUAAAUGUCGCAUGCUUUCAUCCUUCUCCUGGAGGUGGUCUUGUUUAUGGGACUAAGGAAGGGAAGCUCAGGAUUCUACAGCACAAUGGUGCAGACGCUGCAAGCCUGGGGCUAAAUUGCUUUAUUGAGGAAAAUAUGCUUGAGGGGACUCACUUGUAUGCAGCGUAUCCUACAAGUUGACAGGUUCAGAGAUAUGCAUUGGAAGGCUGAAGAGAUCCUCGAGCUAAUAAGCCUCGAACUAAGUCAUGUCAUGGCAGCUGAUUCUCCACUUGUCUGUUCAAGUGUCUGCCCCUUACCUUUUGGUAGGUACGAGUUUAUGAGCCCUAUAUGUUGUAUAUAUGAGAAAUCAAUGGAAAUUUCUCCACAAAUGUUACUGACGCCUGCCCAUGACAAAGAUAGGCUGUCUUCUUCAUCUCAUUGUUAGAUAUGUACAUGGAAUACAUAAGUUGCCUUCUGAUAACAAUUGGAUAAUUGUUACAACUACUUAGCCUAACUGGUUCAGUUGUGGGAUUCAAGUGCUGUCCGUUUGCAAUGAAAUUACGCAAUAAAGUGAUCUAUUGCUGCUCCAGAGAUUGCAAAGGGUCGACUCUAAUGGUACAUCAUUUCUGCAACUUUUAACUCAGGUCUGUGCACAGGCGGUGUGAAGAUGUAAAUUGAUACGUUCAUCGUUUCUGUCAAGUCCAGUGACUCUGUAAUUAUAAACCUGUACAUGUAUGUCUCCAAUCAGCUGAAAAAAAGUUCUGUUGUAUUUUAGAACGUUAACAAUCCCAUCCCUUUCAAGCUUUAUUGUGAGAAAUAUUUUUGCUCAGUGUUCAACUGUCCUCACCGAAGGCAACUAUUUAAACACCAAUCUUCAUAUUAGUUGAUGGA